CGCAUGAUAAGGGCGCCAUUUUCUAGUUCAUUGAAUAAAAGGGAUUUGGAAGCACAGGUUUUUGCGGAUCGGUACGAGCCUAAAUUUUUAUUGAGUAGGUAGUUAGCAAGGAAUUUUAACCAUGUCAACUACACCGGCCCAGAAACACACCCGGGCCAGUGGGGCCCAAACGCCUCUGAGUCCGACUCGAAUUACUCGAAUCCAGGAAAAAGAAGAGUUGAAGAAUCUCAAUGACCGCCUUGCCGUUUACAUCGACAAGGUGCGUUCCUUGGAGUGCGAAAAUAGCGUUCUGCAAUUUAAGAUCUCCGAAAAAGAAGAGGUGACGACCCGUGAGCUGACCGGCAUCAAGGCCAUGUAUGAGACGGAGCUGGCCGACACUCGACGGUUGCUAGACGAAACAGCGAGGGAAAAGGCGAAGCUGCAGAUCGAACUGGGCAAGAGUAAAACGGAGCUGGACGAACUCAGUAAAAAUUACAAGAAGAAAGAUAAUGAUCUGAUAACAGCACAAGCUCGGCUGAAAGAUUUUGAAUUAACCUAUCAUAAAAAUGAAGCUGCUCUUAACACUGCUCUCAGUGAAAACCAACGUAUGGAAGCUGAGCUGGCUGAUUUACGCUCACAGCUUGUUAAGGCUGAAAAUUCUCUGGCUGCUGCCAAAAAGCAGUUGGAAGGGGAGACGCUAAUGCGAGUUGACCUGGAGAAUCAGUGUCAAAGCUUGACAGAGGAACUGGCAUUCAGAAAAAGUGUGUUUGAAGAGGAAGUGCGUGAAACUAAGAAGAGACAGGAUCGGCGUGUAGUUGAGGUUGACUCUGCACGAAAGGUUGACUAUGAAUCCAAAUUGGCAGAGGCCCUUCAAGAACUUCGAAAACAGCAUGAGGAUCAAGUGAGACAAUACAAGGAAGACUUGGAACAAACUUUCCAAGCCAAGCUGGAAAAUGCUAAAAUAGCAUAUGAUAGAAAUGACAAAGCAAUGGGCACAGCAAGGGAAGAACUGCAGGAGGCAUACCUCCGAAUUGAGAGUCUUAACUACCAACUUGGAACCCUGCAGAAGCAGUCUGCUGCUUCUGAGGCUCGAAUUAGGGAGUUGGAAGAGAUGCUCGCUAAUGAUCGUGAUAAAUAUCGUAAGAUGUUGGAGGCAAGAGACCGAGAAAUGGCUGAGCUGAGGGAUACUAUGGAGGUGCAAUUGCAGGAAUAUGAAGACCUCCUUGAUGUCAAACUGGCACUUGACAUGGAAAUUCAAGCCUACCGUAAACUCCUGGAAGGCGAGGAAGAGAGAUUGAAGCUGUCUCCAAGUCCUUCCUCUCGAGUCACAGUGUCCCGUGCUACAUCUAGCAGUGCUGUUCACACAUCCCGAGCCAAGCGCAAGCGUGUAGAAAUAGAAGAACCUCGGGAAAGUAGCAGUCGUAUACAGCAGACUCAUUCCAGCAGUGGCUUGAUAAGUAUUGAGCCAACUGAUCUUGAGGGAAAAUUUGUUUGUCUCAGUAAUAAAUCUGAGAAGGAUCAACCACUUGGUGGCUGGAGACUGAAGAGGCAAAUUGGAGAUGGGGAGGAAAUGGUCUACAAGUUCACUCCCAAGUACACUCUAAAGGCUGGUCAGGAAGUCAAAAUAUGGAGUGCAGAUGCUGGUAAAGCCCAUAGUCCUCCUACUGACCUUCUGUGGAAGAAUCAUAGCUGGGGCACUGGUGAUGAGAUUAAGACUGUCCUUGUCAACUCUGACGGAGAGGAUGUUGCAGUAAGAAAUCUCCGAAAAACUUACCAUGAAGAUGUGGAGGAAGAAGCUGAAUUUGGAGAGGAAGAUCUUUUCCAUCAGCAGGGUGACCCAAGGACCACUUCCCGGCAAUGUGCAGUCAUGUGAUCAAAAUUUACUGUUCAUUUCAGGAGAAAACAACUCCCUUUUAUCCAGAGCCACUGAGAAAUAUUUUUGUACACUGUUUUUCUUUAAUGUUUCAGAACCAUUCUAGUUUAGUACUUUUAUGACUGUUUUGUUUUAAUUUGUAAAACCUGAGUUCUGAAGGGGUAUUUUUAAGAUUUUUUUGGCAAAACACUUCUUCAAAUAUGUUUAAAAACAGGUAACUAAAAUUUUACAUGGGGGUGGGAAGGAGGUGGAUUUUUUAGUCAUGUGACCUUGUGUACAGGUAUGGGUUCAUACAUCUGGGAUUUAGCCAUGGAACUGCAUCACAGACUGUGUGUAUUAAUCAGAAUUUGGUUAUUCUGCAGUUUUUCAAACCCAAAGGGUUGUAAAAACUCCACCAAAUUGGUGCUAGCCUAAUACCCAGACAAAAUUUAACAUUAGGAGUUUGAAACUCCUUCAAAGCUGUAGGUGGAGUAUUCUGUACUCCACUGCAGAAUUCUCAGGUGUUUUACAGAAAUCAUGCAAAAAAGAUUUCUACUGUGAUCCUGCCCAUUUAUUUGGCUAUUCUGUACAAAUACUGCCACACUGAAACUGGUAUAUGUAAUCCAUAAGAAGUUAUAAUAUGGAAUGUGAACUGCUGAAAUGCCUGAAUAGUCACUGAUCUAGAAAUGAGCCGAGAUGAUGAUGAUGAUGAUGAUUUAAUUGGAUGAAUUGUGUGAUCAUGUGCAUUUAUUAAAUGGAAAUGUAAGUGUUGCAUGAAAAACAGCAGAAUACACCAAAAGUUUUGUUUUUAAUCUUAAGUGCUGCAUUGCUCUCAUUUUCAUAGCAAAGCCUGAAACUUGUUAGUGUCAUUGAAGUUAUUUCUUUUAAGUGUCUAAUUAUUUGAAUCCUUUGUUUUAAAAGUCAUUUGGGUACUUUUACUGGCUGGUGUAUUAAUAUUUGGAUGGUGGCUUAUGGAAGCUUUUUUUAAUUGCUUGAUGGCUGGUUAGUACUUAACUGACAAUUUUGUAUUAGCUUGCUUCUUUAGUAGCUUAUUAGAUUGCCUUCUAACUGAAAAUUGAGUGAAAAAUGUUUCUCAGCACAGGGACAGAUAUUGAGCUUAAUUUGACAAGAUAGUUUAGUAGUUCAGAAACCAUCUUAAUCUGAAAACUCAUGUUUAAUAAAUCAUUAUAGCCAGUAUCCAAUGUAAUAAAUAACAGCAAAAUCAUAAAUUUUGGCACUAUUCAAGAUCAAAAAAUGCUGUAAAACUAAAGUAUUUUAAAAAGUAGCGCAAUCUUGUACAAAGCAAAGUGUUUAUUUCACAGGAAGCAAAGUUUUCAAGGAAUGUGACUACUUAACUUCUAAGCAAUAACAUAGUGGAAGCCAAUUUGCAGUUAACCCUUGAAUAUUCCUCUUGGUGUCAUUUGUCCCAUGAGUUUUCAGUUAUGUACUUUUUGUGGGGAGGGGAUUACAAAAAUCAUCAUUGUACUUUUUAAGAAUAGACAGAUUUGAAGUACUGUACCUGUACAGUUAGUGUAUGGAGGGGUGGUGGGGAAGUUGUCAUGCUCACACUAAUGUUUUAUCCAACAUACUUUGAUUUAAUAUAUCAUAUAUAUGGUUAAAUUUUAUGCUUAUCCCUCAUUUUUAUAAACUUAAAUUCUGUUUCUCAGAUACUUUUAUAGGUUGAAUACAAAUUGAAUGUUAAGAUUAAAUUAGAAUUUCUUUAAAUACGUGUAUCUAAUAGUUCUAGUUUAAAAAAAUUAGUGGCUUUUUCAUAAAUUUAUGGUUGUCUUAGUAUAUUAGAAUUGACUGUGAAAAGUAGAAUUAAGUGCCCUAAAUUUGAUGUUGCUGAGAAACUUAUGGCCUGAGAAACAGAAUUUUAGAUAAAGCCUUAUGCUUUAAUAUUAAACUUUUGAACUAUAGUAGAUAGUCUUAAAAAAAAUCAUGUGCACACUUUCUUAAACAAGGUAUAAUAUACUGAUGAAAAUCAUGAAGCACAUUGCUGUGAGGUUUCUUAAACCUUUUUUGAAAGGCUUCGUUGCAAGGUUUCUGGUGUUUCCCUUGUAAAAUCAAACACUUUUUCCAUUGAUUAAAAAGAAACCCAUAAAGCACACAUGGAAUUCAGUUUGAUUCAUUUUGAGGUUUUACAUUUGAAUGUUUGUAAUUUCUCUGUCCCUCUCCUUCCUUUCUUUAAUGCCCUUUUUUUUUCCCCCCCUCCGAUUUCUUCCUGUCUCACCAAAUUGCACAGCAGCAUAGUGGUGAAUUUGCCAGACUAGUAUUUAGGAAAUAUGCCGUACUUGUCUGGUUUGGUAUGUGUGGAAUCACUCCAGACUCUGGGUAAUGUAUUUGACUCUUAUCUGGUCUAAAAUUAUAAUUCUAAAAAGUCACUUGGGGGCAAUUGGACAUGGUUAAUAGCCUUUCCAGCAACAUUGAAGUCAAAGGAUUUAAUCCUAAUUUUACCAGAGGCACAAGUUUUUUUUUCAAACAAAUAAACUACAAUCAAAUGGAAUGCCUAAACUUUUUUUACACUUGACAGAAAAGUAGACCACUCUACUUGUUUUAUAAUAAAAAUUCAUUGGUCAUCAGAAUUAUUAAUGUGUUGGUAUUUUUGAGCAAUGAAAGAGAAUAUCAUUUCACUUUUUGUGAUAAAAUACUGUCUAGAUUAUGUGAUUUGAAGGUGCGGUAUCUUUUUGGCCUAGGUUAGUUUGAGUUGUAUGUUAGUGAUCUACUUGAGUAUCAGCUACAUCAGGAACUGUUGCUGCCAUUAGUAUAUGAAGUACCCUGAAUAGACUAAACUCUCAAUGAAAAAGGUGCUGCACCUAGAACACAAUCAAUAGAAUUGACACUCUCAUGAAUAUUACUGCAAGUGGACCUUCAAUUUGCCCUUGUAACGUAAGUAUUUGCUUUUACUUGAGUAAAGGUAACUUAAAUUUGCAUUUUACUCUUGGAUUGGAAAAUGUUGUCUCUGCACCAAAUAAACCAGUCUCAUUACUCAGAUUAUUUGCUGGUAUGGCAAUGACAUGCCAAAAUACAAUGUUCUGUGUGAAACUUGUAAGCAUUUUAUAACUGGAAUUUUUUUUGAGCAUUCAAUAAAUGUGAUUUUGCUUAUUUUGAAA